AAAUCUUGUCAACUAAAGUGGACGUAAGCUUCUGCUUCGCAUUUCUCCUGUUCUUCAAGCUAACGUUGCGGUGGGGAAAAAAAACCCCGGGUCUAAUCUGGUCGCCACUGUAAAAUCAACAUGGGGUGUUUCUUCUCGAAGAAAUCCAAAAGAAAGUCAUCCGACAAAGAGGAUCGUACGCCGACAACAACGACUGUCGAAACUACGACGACAAGCAACGCGGUUCCCCUUGGCAACAACACCGACGAGGCUCCGAAGCAAUAUAGCUGGGAUAAACGAGAAAAGGUUGAUCCCAAAGACUACAUGCUGACGGGGCUAAAAGACGUCACGGUGGGUCGUCUACCUGGCAAACUGAAUGGGCAACAGUUUGUCAUCCAAGAGUGUGAGAACUGCAACAUCUACGUGCUCGACCACUCAGCGACUAUCACCAUCGAUGACUGUGUCAAUUGCCGCAUUUUUCUAGGACCUGUCAAGGGCAGUGUGUUUUUCAGAGACUGUAAAGACAUCAAGUGCGUGGUGGCCUGUCAGCAGUUUCGCACACGGGACUGUAAAAAGAUGGACGUGUUCUUGUGCUGUGCCACUCAGCCCAUCAUCGAGUCAUCUACGGGUAUGAAGUUUGGCUGCUUUCAGUACUACUAUCCUGAGCUGGCCUUCCACUUCAAGGACGCCAACCUCAGCAUAUUCAACAACAACUGGAGCAACAUCCACGACUUCACGCCAGUGUCCGGAGAGAACAACUGGAGCUUGUUGCCAGAAGCUUCAGCAGUUCUGGAUUUUGUACCAGCACCAGACCCCGAGUCUGAGUUCAAGUCGGUGCGAAUCUCCACUGACUCCACACGCAGCAUUGUGCCUUUGACAAAGGGAGGGAGGCGUAAGGACAGUGAAGAGUCCUGCCUCUUUGUUUUCUUUGCUGGAGAGUACACCACUGCAAAUGCCCGCAAACUGAUCGAUGAGGCAACGGCUAAAGGUUUUGUGCUGAUCCAGACAAAGGAAGUCUCAAUGCGACCCGAAGACGUGAAGAGGGUGUUUCAAAACAAGACAGAGGAGGUCAUGGAGUGGGUCACCAAAGGCCCUGUGAUUGCCCUGGAGCUGAAUGGUGACGGAGUUGUGGAAGCCUGUAAGAACAUCGCCAAUGAAGUAUUCAGUGGCAGCAAGGUUUUUGUCUCUGAUAACAAAAAUACAUCCUCUCGAGACGUGGACAACUUCUUCAACUUUGCCGACAUGCAGAUGGGCUUGUGAAUGAUCACGUAUGGAAACAAACUGCCCAUCACACACUCAGUCUGAUUUUCUAAACCGCCCACCGUCCAGCUCGGGUUAAAUACGAGUGGCUUUUCUUUUUUUUUUUGCCUCUUUUCAUUCUAAAAAAACAGGAAACAGGUAGGAAUGGAAAAUAUUAAGGACUGUGUUUGAUAAAGCCUUGGAUAAGAUAAUUCAUAAACCAUGACCCUGCAGACUAGACGCAUGCCCAUAUCAUCCAAAAACAUUUGCUGUAAACCACGUAACAUCCAUUAGUUGCUUAGAGUGCUGUGACUAUUUAUAUUUCUAUGAAUGUAUUUGAUAAUCCUGUUGCUUUUAUCAAUUGUGAAUGUAACUGUUUGCUAUACAUGUAUUUCAUUUUAAUUUAAAAUUUAGUUUUUCAUCACUGUCUGAAACUGUCGAUGCAGUGGAAAAACCAUUAGCACAAGAAGGCCUGAGGGAAAAUAUUUUAUUUAUAAAUCAGAUUUUUAUUUCCUGUAAGGAUUUAUUUGUGUAUGUGGUUUAGAUUAUUUACUUUGUGUGUAUAAGAUGUGUAUAUUUGGAACAUGCUGUGUAGGUGGUUAUGACAUCUUAUUGACAUCUGUUUGGCCAAAGUUGAAUUGUGAAAGGUUAGGAUUAAUUGAUGCGUUUACACUGAAGGUAUAAACACUUAUAAAAUGCUGGGUUUUCAUGUAGGUAAUUCAUGUUAUCUUUUUUUAAAUAUUUUUUAAUGUUUGUUUUAUAUUCUACUCAAUGUUUUUUUAUAGAAACAAAUUAAUGUUCAUUAUAAUUUUUAGUAAAACAUUUGAUUAUG